AUGGCUGAGAGUUCCCUGCAGGAGGAACCUUGGCAAGGCUGCACACGCAAACCCCUGCACUACGGGACCCUCCUGGGCAGCAGAGCUUGUGCCCACAUGGCAGCAGCUGCCUGGGCCACUGGCUUUCUCAAUGCUCUGCUGCACACAGCCAAUACAUUUUCCCUGCCCCUGUGCCAGGGCAAUGCCCUGGGCCAGUUCUUCUGUGAAAUCCCACACAUCCUCAAGCUCUCCUGCUCACACUCAGGAUACCUCAGGGAAAUUGGCUUUCUUCUGGUUACUGUCUGUUUAGCAUUUGGUUGUUUUGUUUUCAUUGUUUUCUCCUAUGUGCAGAUCUUCAGGGCUGUGCUGAGGAUCCCCUCUCAGCAGGGACGGCACAAAGCCUUUUCCACGUGCCUCCCUCACCUGGCCGUAGUCUCCCUGUACCUCAGCACUGUCAUGUUUGCCUACCUGAAGCCCCCCUCCAUCUCCUCCCCAUCCCUGGAUCUGGCACUAUCAGUUCUGUACUCAGUGGUGCCUCCAGCACUGAACCCCCUCAUCUACAGCCUGAGGAACCAGGAGCUCAAGGAUGCCCUCAGGAAACUGAUAACUGGGUGUUUUUCAGAAGUUAUAAACUCUCCUUCUUCUGCAUGUUAUAGACCUCAUUAAAGGCCAAUCGGGUUAUGGACUUCAGUAAAGGCCCAUCCUAUGUUUUCUAUUUUUUGCUCCUGGUAGAGGUGUUAUUUUUGUGACAACUUAU